GAAUACUGCCAGCAGCAUACACAGCUAUUGCAGCGCGCAAAAUAAUUUAGAUUUUAUGCCUGGAAUAUUUUUGUUUUCAUUCCUCUACCAAUUAGUUUUCAAUUAAAGACAACGGAAGGGGCCACGCGUUUAGAUGUUAUAAAAUACGGCAUACUUGAAACAAUAUACAAAUCGUUUUAUUAACCAGUUAUAAAAGAAACUAAAUCGGUAGAAAAUAUUUGCCCAAAACGUGCUAAUCUCGAGAGUGUCAUAAAUAAACGUAGCACAAAAGUUUAUUUGUAGCGUUAAGCGGUAGUAAGAGAAGAACGUGUUUCUUUUUUUGGUGUUUUAGUGUAUGAAAAUAUUUGUCACUUGGUUUUAAAAGUGGUUUUGUCUGUCUGGCGAAACGAAAAACAGCUGUUCAGUGAGAAAUAAACAAAGGAGAAGCAAAAGCAGUGUGUCCAAAAGAGUAAAAGAAGAAAACAAAAAGAAAAAACAAGUUCAAGUGAUUUUACGUCAUCAUUGUAUCGUCAUCCACACAACCAUUCAUUGCCUGUUGCCGUUGUUUUAUUUUCGAGAGUAUCUGUGCGCGUUUUGUUUUGAAUGUCAAAUCGAAUCACCAAUCAGUCGCCUCGCCUCGCGUCGCGUAGUGUUUUUGUUGUUCUUUUAACUUUGUUUUGGUCUCGUCUGCUGCUUUGGCAGCUCUGCGGUUGUUUAUAGAACAUUUCGUGAGAUAGACAGACAGCGCCGUAGCGUUAUUGUUUGCCGACACCAUGAAUAAUCGAUGUAGAGCAGCAUCUACCCUGCAAUCAGGCCCGACAACGUCAUUAGAUGCCGAUGCUAGAAAAGAGUUUAAUUGGCAAAAAGCCUACAACCAGGAACUGCAUAGUGGACCAACAACAGAAUUAAAGUACGCCGAUGAAGGCGAGGAUGAUGAUGAUGGUGACAACAACGACGACGACAAUAACAUCCUCUCAGCAACUCAACAAGCAAAUCAAAUCUCACUUGAACAAAUUAAGAAUGCACAGCAAGGACUUACACAAAGGCUGGGAGAGAAUGUAGGAGCAGCUGAAGCAGCAACAGCAAAAAUAGGCGUCAACAAGGCCAUGCCGCUACAAAACCGAAUCGGCGAAGCCAUGGUUGAGGGUGAUGAACAAUGGGAGGCAAAUGAACAGGAGCACUUGCUUGGCGGUCAAGUGCAACACCAGUGGCUACAGCAAAAACAACCAUGGCCACAACAGCACCAAUAUCGUCGGCAACAACAACAGCAACCGCAAAAGGUGCCAACAGCAAACAGUGCCAUAAUUGCAACAGAAACAGCAGCACGUGUUAAUUUCAAUGAUGGUGAAAUUAAACAUUCCCAAGAAGCUGUUAUCUCAAGCAGGCAUCCUGAAAAUCCUGUAGACAAGUGGACAUCUAAUGCUGCUACUGCCACUGCCACUGGUAGUGUCGAGGACAUAGAUCUGAAAAUACAUUCUAAUUUGGAAUUGCAAAAAAUUCCCCAGGACAUGAUGCAGUCUCACAACAGUAAGGAACAAAACGGUUCUACUAUAAUUCAAACGCCAACAUCAUUAACAACGCCACCAACAGGCGGUCAUAAUGGUGGUAGUGGUGGUACCAGUGAUGCCGAAUACAAAGGUCCUAAAGUAUGGCAGUACUUAGUAAGAAAUUAUCCGGUUUCAUCGCAGCCCCUGGCCAUUUUGCUCAUAUUUAUUGGCCUAUGGACUUUGGGUUACUUUCUAAUGCCCCAAUAUGCUGGACCCAAUACGGUGAUAAUGCGCAUUGUGUUGCUCUUUGUUGGUGCCCAGACAGCGGGCAUUUUGGUGACAUUCAUAAAUUUACCCGAUAUGUUGGGCAUGCUGUUUUUCGGUGUGCUCUAUGCCAAUGUGGGUUUGGCUGACUUUACGGGAUAUGCCAAAUUUGAGGGAUUUCUAAGGGAGAUGGCUUUGAUAAAUAUUAUGUUGCUGGCUGGUUUGGGCCUGGAUGCCAAUGCCUUUAAGAAAUUAUGGUUUAUGAUAACACGUUUGACUUUGGUGCCCACCAUAGCAGAGGUCAGUGUCAUAGCGGCAUUGGCUUAUCUUUUACUGAAUAUGUCCUGGCUGUGGGGUAUUCUUUUGGGUCUGGUCAUUACUGCCGUCUCUCCCAAUGUUGUGGUUACCGUUAUGCUGAAGCUAAAGGAGGAUCGUUUAGGUCUCAACAAUGGCAUUCACACUCUAAUCUAUGCCAUGACAACGUGCAAUGAUGUGGUGGCCAUAUUCCUCUUUGGGGUCAUUAACGGUGUAAUAUUCUCAACAGGAGGAUCAUUAACCGAACAAAUUUUACAAGGACCCAUUGGUAUUGGAAUUGGCAUAGUUUAUGGUUAUUUAUAUGGUCUAAUGUUACAAUUUGUGCCGUCGCGUAAUUCGACCUAUGUAAAUGGAUUACGUUUUGUUUUGACCCUCUUGGGUGGAACCAUAUCAGUGAUAGGUAGUAAAGUAAUCAAAUAUCCAUCAGCUGGCGCCUUGGGCUGUGUAACGGUGGCCUUUAUCGCAAGUAUGGGAUGGAAGCGUCAAUUGGAGAAAAUGACGCCACAACAGCGGCUGGCAAAUGAAAAUGCAAGUGUAUCCAAACGUCUUGAUUUGCUGUGGAAAUUUUUAAAGCCAGUUUCGUUUUCGCUUAUUGGCAAAGAAAUUAAUUUUGCGGUUUUGGAGGGUAGAGUCGUUGGUUACGGUGCCCUGGUGGUGUUACUCGGAAGUCUGUUUCGUUUAGUAUUCGCCUAUGUAUCCACAUAUGGCGGAAAUCUGUCGAGGAAAGAACGUGCCUACAUUACAAUUUCCGGUUUCCCCAAAGCAACUGUCCAAGCUGCCCUAGGACCGAUUGCCUUGGAUAUGGCACGUGAGCUAAAUGCGGAGGCGGAUGUGGUUUCCUUGGCCAGGAACGUUUUAAUCAUAUCCGUUUUGGCCAUUAUAUUCACAGCACCGUUGGGCGCAAUUUUGAUGUUACGUUUAGCUCCAAAAUGGCUAAAACAUAGUCCGGCCACGGAAGGAGCGUCCCCCCCACCAAACGAUGCAGAGGACGAUGUUUGUUCUUACCACAAUGACAAUGGCAGCAACUACAACAUCAACAGCACCAAUAAUAAUAAUGCUGCUCAGCGGGUAAUGCCAAUCUAAACCGCAAUCAAUGUCAGUUUAAUAGCAAAUCAUAAAGUUGUUACAAAGUGAAGGAAAACAAGUAGAAAAAAAGUAAGGAAAAAAGAAAAACAAAAACAAAAACAACAGCAUCUUUGGGGAGUGGAAUAGAGCUGAACUGAACCGCCAGUGUACAACUUCG